AUGGCGGUGUCAGGCUCCUGUGGCUCCUGCUGGGCCUUUAGCUCUGCCGGGGCCCUUGAGGGGCAGUUGGCCAAGCAGACCGGGCAGCUCGUUGACCUCAGUCCUCAGAACCUGGUGGACUGUGUUACAGAGAACGACGGCUGUGGAGGAGGCUACAUGACCAAUGCCUUCCAGUAUGUGAAGGAAAAUGGAGGUAUUGACUCUGAAGUGGCCUACCCAUAUGUUGGACAGCAGCUCGUUGACCUCAGUCCUCAGAACCUGGUGGACUGUGUUACAGAGAACGACGGCUGUGGAGGAGGCUACAUGACCAAUGCCUUCCAGUAUGUGAAUGAAAAUGGAGCAUCAGGCAUGGCAGCCCAGUGCAAAGGCUACAAGGAGAUCCCAGUGGGUAAUGAGCGCGCACUGGCUGUUGCACUCUACAAAGUUGGUCCAGUGUCUGUGGGCAUCGAUGCACAACAGAGCAGCUUCCAGUUCUACAAGCAUGGUGUUUACUACGAUCCCAACUGCACUCAGAAAAAUAAAGUUUAG